AUGGAGUCCCUCCCCACCGAGAUACUACACGUGAUAUUCAAGCUCGCAUGCACCGACGGCGGCCCCACAGGAGUCCGUCUCGCGCUCGUUUCCAAACACUUCCGCGUGGUCGCGCGGGCGGUACGCUUCCACUCCGUUGCGCUCCGCGACCGCGCCAGCGUCGACAUCUUCCACCGCGCGUUUGUCCAGGAGAUCAAGGAGGCACAGCAGGGGUCGGAGAACCCAUGCACCCCCAUCGUCCAGCACCUCUUCGUGGCAGAGCGGGCCACCCAGCGCAGCCCCAUCAAGAAAGUUCUUACCCUCGCCGCCCCGACCCUCGAGACCCUCGCGCUCGCUGCACACAAUAUCCCGCUCUCGUUAUUGUUCUCCGUGGCGCCUACCCUUCCCGCCCUGCGGGAGCUUACCGUGUUGGGACAUACACCGAAGUACUUCUCCGAGCUCCCUCCCGGGAAGUGCGUUCGUGUACUCCCCGCCCUCAAAAUGCUCCACCUCAUCCUCGAGGACUUCACCACGUCUUCAAAACCCACGACCAUCUCGAGCGAUCUCAAGAGGUGGUCCUGCGCGGCACCAAAGCUCCACGGCGUCCGCCUGUCCCGCGCGCCUCAGGCGGCGACUCUCUCCUGGUUGUCGGCCAUGCUCGUCCCCAAGCGCGAGGACCGGCCGAGCCCGAGCGUCCGCGCCAUCGCCCUCGAGGUGGUCGCCCACCGCCGCGGCGAGCCGGACCAGCUUCCGGAGAUAGAGGCGUGCGAGGGGAAGACCCCGGCGGAAAUUGCCCUCUGCGUGACGCGCCCGCGCAAGUCGUACGGUGCGUGUCCCGCGUUGGAGACGAAGCUCGAGAGCGAGUGGACGGACAGGGUCGAAGGGUGGGAUGGCGGGUGGCCGCGGGUCGUGCUAAUCUGA